AUGUCCCGCAUUACGGUGCGCGACCUCAACGCCGAUGGCUCGGCAAAGUACCAAUUCGUCGUCGUCGCCAUCGUCGCAUGCGGUGUCUUCGCCGCAGGCGUCAUCACCAUCAUGUACCGCCGCCGCAGGCAACAGAUCUACGCCGAGCGCAUGGGACUCGGCGGGUUCCAAGGCCGCUCGCGCUUACUGUUGAGCGACGACGGGGUGCUCGUUCAAGUCCGGCCGCGUCGACCACACGGCCAGCAUCCGCGCAAGAAACGACCCAAGCUUGGUCCUGAGCCCAAGAUCUGGGACGUUGAGGUUGGUGACUGCGUCGUUGCCAUGGACGUGCCGGAACCCGAGCCAGAGGAUAGCGAUGCCGACAGCUUUGAGUCGUCAAUCUACGAGGGCACUCCCGAUAAGGGCACGGCCAAGCUCGAUGUGGACGAGUGGCAACCCGUGGCCAUCAACCUCCCACCGCACCCCAUACACGACCCAGAGGACCCAAACUCGGUACAGCCGCCUGAUCCAAACGCCGACAUCACGCUACUCAUCGCUAUGCCAGACCCCUCGCUGUCAUGCCCACCAGACGAUGGCAAUCUCCCCCUCCUCCAUCUCGCACCUUCGCAUUGCCCACGUGACCAACUUGACUUUGAGGACGGCGGUUACGCAUUUCCCAACGUACAGCUCGGAUCAACCAACCUCCUGGUAGAAUCCGACUGGACCGAGCUGGACGCACUCAAGCCACCAAAGCCACCAAAGCAACCGAGGGUGCCACGCCAACGCCGGUACGAGGCUAGCCCGUUAGAGGGGUUCACGCGUUCCUUCUUGCGGACCAGGGCACUCUAG